AUGUUUGUGAUGCAUUCGGAUACCGAUGUCUAUGACAUGGUGGACAUUUUAGGAAAGGGAACAUUUGGAGAAGUUGCUAAAUGCUGGAAAAGAAGCACUGGCCAGUUUGUAGCCAUCAAAAUCCUCAACAGUUUUACUGAACGGUCAGGAUAUUUGAAGUCUGAGUUAAAAAUAUUAAAGAUUUUGGGAACAUUUAAUGCAGAUAAAUUUUAUUUCAUCCACCUUUUUGAAUAUUUCAACGACAAUGACAAAUUGUGUCUGGUGUUUGAACUGCUGGAGCAAAACCUGUUUGAGUUUCAGAAGGAUCACAACUUUGCUCCGAUUCCAGUCAGACACAUUCGUACCAUCAGCAAACAGGUCUUGACAGCUCUACAGAAGCUGAAGGAGCUCUCCAUUGCCCACACGGACAUCAAGCCUGAAAAUAUCAUGUUGGUCAAUCACAGUCGGUACCCUUUCAAAGUCAAAUUGAUUGAUUUUGGAUCGGCCAGUGUACUGGCUGAUAUCCAACAUAUUAAAGGACCAUACAUCCAGUCCAGGUUUUACAGAGCUCCAGAAAUCUUGCUUGGGUUGCCCUUCUGUGAACAGAUGGACAUGUGGUCCUUUGGUUGUGUUAUUGUAGAACUUCAUCUUGGCUGGCCUCUCUAUCCUGGCAGUAAUGAGUAUGACCAAAUUAGAUACAUUGUUGAAACCCAAGGGUUACCAAAGAUAAAGCAGUUGAGUUCGGGAAUCAAGACCCAUCUGUUUUUCAAGCAGAAUUUGCACCUGAAAUGGGAACUGAAAUCUAAGGAGGAGUAUUCAGAAGAAACUACGCAGCAGUCUUCAGAAAGCAGGAUAUUUACAUUGAGUUCACUGGACCAACUCGAGAGAACCAACAUUGAGUCAUUCCCAAGUGCAGAGGUCAAGGCUGAAUUGCAUGAUCAGAAGAUGAUGGUGGAUCUCAUCAAGAAAAUUCUCAACCUCGACCCCUCAGAGCGCAUUCGAGCAAAUAUAGCCUUGAAACAUGCAUUUAUCACUAUGCAAAAGCUCAAGCUACAAUACAAAAAUACAGCAUAUUAUGGAAUUUCGAUUCAAAGCCUGAAAGACGCAUGUCUGUUUGGCAAUAAAAAAGACAUGGAUGCUGCAUGUUGUCACACUGAACCUUGCCAUAAAGAAGAACAGUAUCAACGUGCGGAGAUACCGUACAAUUUAACCAACACCUCUGUCCAGAUAAGUGACAAAAUGGCCGGGUCAUCGUCAAAUGAGAAUAACAAAGAGGAAAAGACCCGAAGGUACAGUUUCUCAACAAGUGAGAAGAAUAAAGGGAAGAUUGCUGAUAUCAAGGAAUGGCUGAUAAAGCAAACAAAGAAAAUGCAAAAAACGAUGGGAAAAGUCUCCCAGGAACAAAUAAAUCAGCUUGUUUCCUCUGAAUCUGUUGCAAAAGGGCAUGGUUUGUCCCAAGGAGCUGAGCAUCCAACCAAACGAUGUACAUCAGAAAGUGGCAGGUUCCAACACAACACUGAAGAUGGAUCCUAUCUUGAUGCCACUGGGAAGCCAUUUAAUAGACAUUGUGUAGAAACUGAGGACAAAGGGAUGAACACAGGAAUUAACAAUAAAAAUAAACUUGAAAAUGAAGGAAAUGCUUCUGAUGCAAAAUCAAAGGUUUAAGAAAGCAAGAAAACCAAGAGUAUAAAGAAUAUGCUGUGAUAUUGUAUAAUUAUAUCAAAACAGAUACUGGUAUAUUGGGGCUUUAUUGGGUGUUCAACAAUGUAAUAAUGUUUUUUGUCAUAGAUUAAAAUGAGCACUAAACAUAUCAUAACAAGAAGUCA